AUGCUUGCUUCGGAAGCGGCCAUCGAAGAUCUGAUGAUGCAAGCCAAGAAGACUAAGUACGACGUCAUCGGACUGACCGAGACGAGGCGACGUCACCCUCUCAACGCCGUAUAUGAAACUGGAGAAGAUCUGUUCUUGGGAGCAUGCGACAGUAGAGGUGUUGGUGGAGCUGCCGUCCUCGUCAACACAAGUAUGGCGAACAUCGACUCUUUCGAACAACUUACGACCCAAAUCGGACGUCUGUGGAUGAGAAGAUGUGGUCAAACCCCAGUUCUAACUAUCUUCGUCGCUUACGCUCCAACAUCAAACUACGAAGAAAAAGUCGAAGCUUUCUAUGUGGACCUGAAGAAGUUCUACCGAGAAGAUCAUGUCUUCUACGAGGUCAAUUUCAACGAAAAAGUUGGCCCAAGAAGAACGCCUGAAGAACUUCACAUUGGGAUCCAUGGCCUACAAUGGACAUUUUACAUUGUUUACAUUUUCUUUGCUCAUCCAUCUCAAAUGAAGAACGCUGUAAUUAACAUGUUCAGAACGGCAAGAACCGUUUGUAGUGGACUUGAGGACUUGAGGAGAAAAAGGAAUCGUUAA